AUCAACUUCUCAUACUCAUUUCUGCAAGAAAUCUGAAAGAAAAAAUGGCAUACAAUCUUCAAUCCCUCAUCACUAUCCUACAACAAAUCCUUCAUCCCGAACAAAUCCACUGGACUUUUGAUCACAACAAGCCACAGCUCGAAUCACUACUCCAAAAAGCUGAAUCUCUGAUGCAGAUUCUUGAAAACUCUUCACCCUCACAAAUAGCAAGUUUGGAGAGUCAAAUCAGAGAAACAACAUAUAAAGCAGAAGAUAUUAUUGAAUCACAGAUGGUUCAUCAAAUGCUUUCCAACCCCGAUAGCAAGAGCUUGACCUUUUCCACCCCAGAUCUGCAAGAAGUCAUUCAAGAGCUUGAUUCUGCACUGGUUUUCUUGCAUGAUCUAACACGAGAUUUGCAGCAAGCAGCUCAACAGCUUGAAUCUGUGAAGCUUGUGGAAUUGGAGGAAAAGAGUGCUUCUUCCUCGAGAUCUAAGAGUGAUUUGGUGGGAGUUGAUGCAGAUCUGUUGCAGUUGAAGGAUCGUCUCACGAAUACGGAAAGGGAGGUGGAGAUCAUCCCACUUGUUGGUAUGGGUGGUAUAGGUAAGUCCACCCUUGCUCGAAAUCUUUAUGACGAUCCGAAUAUUGUUUCUCACUUUGAUUAUCGUGGGUGGGCUGCGAUUUCACAUGUUCCCAACAUCCGGGAAAUUAUGUUAAAUCUUCUUCGUGGCCCGGAUGAAGAGGUCAGCGAUGAACUAAUGAGACGGGGAGACUAUGAGUUGAGAGAAAUAUUGUAUAAGAGAUUGUUUGGGCGAAGAUAUAUGAUUGUGUUGGAUGAUAUAUGGAGCACAGAUGUCUGGGAUGAGAUACAGAGAUAUUUCCCGGACAACAAUAAUGGGAGUCGAGUUGUGAUCACUACCAGACGGUCUGAUGUUGCGGAACAUGUUGCAGGCUCGAAGAGUCUGCAUCAUGUUCGGCUGCUGGACAAGUUUGCAAGUCGGGAUUUACUUUGCCGGAUUGUGUUUGGGGAAGAAGAUUGCCCUGACAAUUUGCAAGAGGUGGCAGCUAAGAUUGGGAGUGAUUGCAGUGGGCUUCCUCUUGCAAUUCAUGUGAUUGGAGGGCUCUUGUCGAAGGUCGAAAGAUCAAGAGAUGUUUGGGAGAAUGUUUCAAUAAACGUAAAAGCUUCAAUUGUUGAAUUAGAUGAGCAGCAAUUCUCCAAUAUACUUUCUUUGAGCUAUAACCACUUACCAAUUCACUUGAAACCAUGUUUCUUAUAUAUGGGAGCUUUUCCAGAAGAUUACAUUAUUAAAGGAUCUAGACUCAAGAGUCUAUGGAUAGCCGAAGGAUUCGUGAAAUCUAAUGGAGAUAUGAGUUUGGAGGAAGAGGCCGAGGAUUACUUAAAAGCAUUGGUGGAGAGAAAUCUACUUUUGGUUAGACGGAAAAAAUCCAAUUGGAAACCAAUGAGUUACUCAAUACAUGAUCUGUUGAGGGAUUUGUGCAUAAGGAAGGCUUACGAGGAGAAGUUUUUAAACCUCAAGGAUUCCAUGCGCAGUGUAAGUGUUAACUCGUAUUCUGAAAUAGAAGAUGUGCGUGCUUCACCACAAUUGAUGUCACUUGCUCGAUCUUUUAUAUGCACUGGCGAGGAGAUUAUAUUUCCUAUGUUUUCCAUAUCAAGAUUGGUUAGGGUGCUAGAUGUAAGGGGAAUCAAAUACAAAGAGUUACCAGAAGAAAUACUUCAACUUGUCAACUUACGCUACUUAGCUUUCUCCUGCACUUCGGGUAUACCUAUUGGAAUAUCAAGGUUGUGGAAUCUGCAAACCUUGAUUUGUGGGCAAGAAAUGACGCUUAGUUUGCCAUCUGAGAUAUGGGAGAUGUCUGAGUUAAGACACCUUAGGAUAGAAAGAAUAAUCCAAAUUGGGGAGGGAUACAAGAUAAGAUUUGUUCACAAGAAGCUGCAGACAAUUUUCUUUAUUUGGAUAACUCCUUCACUGAUUAGUAGUGGUUUCUUUGAGAUCAUCCCAAAUGUCGUUAGGUUAGGAAUCUAUUACGAAGAUUCACCAAAUAUUGAAAUUGAUCUUAGCCAUCUCGGCAAACUUGAAACUUUAAAAUGUCAAUCUAAGUUGAAUGAAGAUGGUAGCUGUUUUCUGAACAAACUCAGAUUUCCAUGUAGUAUUAGAAAGUUAACUAUAUUUUACUGUGUACUAUCUCGGAGUUUCUUGACAACUCUAUGUGGACUACCGAAUCUGGAAGCGCUCUCAAUAUGCAAAUGUGUGUAUCAAAGAGACGGAGAGACAGAGGAACAAGAGUGGGAGAUGACAGAAAGAGAUAAAUUCCGCUCAUUGCAGUAUCUGCGCCUCCAGUCCUUUAAUAUAGUGCGUUGGAGAGCCAACGACACCAACUUCCCUAAACUCCGGUUGCUGGAUGUAAUCAGAUGCAAUGAGCUAGAGGAAAUCCCUAGUGGCAUUGGAGAUAUCAUAAAUCUCCAAGGAAUUGGCGUACGUGGAUGUGGCGCUUCUGUAGUGGCCUCAGCACUACAAAUUCAGAAGGUGCAGCAAGAGGAGUACGGCGAAUAUGACCUCAAAGUGGUUAUAAUGCAAGAUUAGAAGCCAAAAGGGUGUUAAAGAUUGUAAGAAUGUUUUGAGUUCUCGAUUUGCAGUUUCUAAAACCGCGACAAGUUGUAAGAAUGUUUUGGGUGCAGAUGAGCUAUAAUAAUUUCGAACCGUGCCCCCUUUCCUCAUGUGUCUCUGUGCUUAACUGACGACGAUUCCUAUCUUCUGUUUGCUAUAGAAUGUGCUUUCUGCUUCUUUCUAUACUUUGGGAUCGAUUUGUGUUCUUACUUUUCCUUUAAUGGUGUUUUGCAUAAAAUAUGCAAAU